CCUACUUUCCCCCGCCGCUCUUUCCAAGCCUUUUAUCUAAACCCUUUUAUUAACUAAGCCCUAAGCCCUAACCCCAACGCCGCUCUUUCUCCUCUCCAAACCACGCCCUCUUAGUUUCGGCCCUCUUAGUUUUGGCUGCUACUUCGCUCUUUCUCCUUUCAGUUUCGGCUAAUCCUUCUCUCAAAAUCGUGAAAAGUUUCCUCUCGGUGACUGCGAAAACCAUCCUUCUUCUCUUCUCAAAAUCGCGACUCUCGGUGGGAGCUUAGGGUUGAUUGGUUGUGUUCGUUCUCUAAUCUCUACUCUAUCUGUCUUCGAUAAAGUGUGUUUGUCCUCGGCGAGUCGGCGUUGGAUCGACCACUCUCGGUAUUCUUGCUUCGGGUGCAUGGUUGCUCGAUAUUCUUGCUUUGUUGCUUGUAAGGCUGUCCUCUUUGAGCAUAUUUUCUGACCUCAGAAUAAUUCCUCCUAAACAAUUCAGAACAUUGCACACUCAGUUUCAAAUAUAAUUCUGUGAUUUCCUUCAAGUAAAAGUAACAGCAUUGAGUUUAGCGGGCUAGAGCUUCAAAUGUUUCAUCCAGUCAGAGAGGGUGUUGUAUAUGACCUUUGGACUGAUGGACUUAUAUGCGAUUUUGAGUUUGUUCGAGGAUCCAAUCGUAUGUCUAAUAGCCACUGGGUUCCUAUUGGAUGGGCAAGGAUUUCAGAACUAGCGAAGAUUGCCGAAAAUUAUGCUGAAUGGUCUUCGCAACAAAUUGAUUUGAACGAGGAUGAAGAUGAUAUUACCGUUUCUGGUGUUGUUGCUCGACCUAUAUGAUGGUGUCACGUAUUUGCGGGGCAUUCCUCUAUUUGUGCAUGGCUCAGUAAUGCUCACUGGCUAUAUCCAACUGUUAGUAUUUGUUUGAGAGAUGAAAGCAAACAUUGUAGUGAUUGUAUGGAUCACUUUGGUUUUGAGGAUCUGCUUCGUACUGGUGGAACCGCGAUUCCUAAAUCUGUGCAUGAGGUCAUAGCACAAUUAACUUGCCACCUUUCUUGGUGCGAUGAUAGGAUAUUUCGCAAGUUUAUUUUUGAUGCUGCUAAUGAAAUCGAGUUGAAGUUUUUGAACUGGAGAACUUAUGAGGAUCCACAUCCAAUCAAUAUAAUUUUAAAUCAGGACAUCAAAAUGUUGGCAAUGAAGGUUAUUAGAGUUCAAUGGUCAUUACAUGCAAGGAAAGAAAUUGUCUUUGGUCUUCGACAUCACUUGAGGGGAUCUGCCACAAAAAGUUUACUGAAAGAAAUUCAAAAUACUACAAAUGAAAUGCUACAAGAGCAGGAAGCUGUUCGUGGACGACUCUUCACCAUUCAAGACGUCAUUCAAAGCACAGUUCGUGCAUGUUUGGAGGAUAAAAGUCUGAGAAUUACUGAUAAUGGCUGGAUCAUAGGGGUUUGUGGGCUGCUUGUUUCCAUAAUAGUUGGCUUUUUUGGGAUCAAUCUGGAUGGAAUCCCUGGCACCAAGAACUCUCCCGAUGCAUUUGCAUUGUUUUGUGUAUUUAUCCUCUUUAUUGGAAUAUUAUUAAUUUAUUUUAGCAUGCUCUUUUUUGGGCUGAAGAAGCCCGAUAUUGAAGAGCAGGUCAAUGCUAGAAAGCUUGAGCUACAACAGCUGUUUUCCAUGUUUAAACGUGAUGUAGAGGCACAUGUGAAGGUUAGGGAGGGUGUCUCCAGGACUCGGACAUGUUAAAUGAUGUUGACUUCCUUUUA